AGUUAUCGGUCUGAAAGCACUCACAGUCAGAAAUUCUGACAUAUAUUUUUGGAUUCGAAUUUUGAUGCCCACCAUGCAUGUGUACUGUUAAAAACCGGCAAAAUAUAAGAGUAAGAGUGAGCAAAGACUUAGACACAAUGGAGAUGCAACUAGGAGCGAUGCUGCAUGUGUACAAGGGGGAGUAUGGACUUCCUUCCAUCGAUUUUGAAUGUUUACGUGCGCUGUGCCUCCUGAGAUUCACACGCUGUCCAAUGGACGUGCAGACCAACUCCAAUCCACUGUGCUCAGGAGCCGGAAAACUGCCAUAUCUUCAGAUCGGGAACCAGAAGUUCGCGGGUUAUAGGCAAAUCAAGCGCGUGCUGGAUCUAGAGGGCUACCCGAUAGAUGCGCAUUUAAGCACCAAACAAAAGCAUUUGUCCACCGCCUACGCCAACUGGGUGUUUACCAAUCUGCACGCCUACUACCACUACUUCCUGUACGGAGAGCCCCACAACUUCGAUACGACGACCCGGGGUCUUUAUGCCAAACGAACGCCAUUUCCCUUUAACUUUUACUAUCCGUCGUCAUAUCAGAGGGAAGCCUGUGAUGUCGUUCAGGUGAUGGCCGGCUUUGAUGUGAAUGAUAAGAUGAAUAAGCACGAAGGCGACUAUCUCGUUGUUAAUGCCAAAAAAGUCGUAAAUUUACUUUCAAGGAAAUUGGGCCGCAAGGUAUGGUUCUUUGGAGACACCUACAGCGAGUUCGAUGCCAUUGUCUACAGCUACCUAGCCAUCAUCUUUAAAAUCGCACUGCCCAACAAUCCACUGCAGAAUCACAUAAAAGGGUGCCAAAAUCUGGUGAACUUCAUUAAUCGCAUCACAAAGGACAUAUUCCGCAACGAGGGCUACAGUUCCACUAAGCUCACAAAGACUCCUAGUGGCACGGAAGCGAGUUUCACGGUCUUGGAGCCGUCCGAAAUGAAUACCAAAAUCGUUGCUGGCGUCGGUGCAGUUUUGGCAAUGGGAGCAUUUGCGGCAUGGCGCGGAAUUUAUAACCAGCUAACAACACGCUCUUCGACGGACUACGAUGGCAUAGAUUACGAGGAUGACGAUCUGGAAGAGGGCCUAGACUAAUCUCGCUUCUGCAACGAUAUCUAUGUGUACAGUAUAUAUUUUAAAAUACAAAGAUGGGAUGAAGCACAAAAUCUGUCCAGCUUUAAAAGUUGCGAGAACAUAACAGUUGGUCGAUUUAUAUUGGACAUAAAUCUUUUGCACGAAAAGAAAUCUUAAGAUGAUAUUAUACGACAAGGAAAAUCCCUCAAAGACCUUGCUUUGGCGGAUGCAGCAUUUGUUAACUAAUAUAACUCUUAAGAUCGCUAUCCGAUCCAAAAAUUCCAUUAAAAAUCGACCAACUAUAAUAUGCAUAUUCGAUAUAUGUAUUAUAGUUUGAAUUCAUUUUUAAACCGUCUUGUAAAAAAUAGCAUUUUAACAUUGUCAGAGCGUAAUAAAAUAGAAGGCUGAGGCGCUUCUAUUAAAGAAAA